GAGAGAGAGAGAGGGAUGGAUGAAGACGACGAGUUUAGUUGUUGGAAUGAUAAGGAUUUUCUCGCCGAUGCCUUCAAAGUCGAAGCGAAUCUUGGCUCUACUCCUCCUCCCCCACCGAUUGUUCCGCCUCCGGCGUCGGAGAAUGUGGAGUUACAUUCCACGGGACAACAACAACGGCAUAAAAUUCCAAUUCGUGAUCCUUUCGCAAGCUUCUCUCCACCGAGAGAACUCUCUCAGAGAGUAAGCGGUUUCAAUGACGAUUACUCGGUGGCUGCUGUUAGACCAAUCUCUCCUAGUUCUUCUUCGACUUUUCGUUACGAUAGUAGCGAGAAAGAUCUCGAGAUCGAGCGGUUAAAGAAGGAGCUGGGACGUGUCUCGAAGCAGUUGCUUGAUAUGGAACAAGAAUGUUCUCAGCUUAAGAAGGGGAAAGCUAAAGAGACAGAGCUCAAAAACUUGAAUAGUGAGAGUAAAGCGAGAGGUGUUACAGUUCAUGCUUCUAAGAGAACAAACUUGGAACCAGAUGCUGCAACUUCAGUGAAUGAUGGGGGAACCGAUUCUACAACUGGGUUAGAUGAUAAAAGAAGUUUCAAGGCCACUGGUGUUCAAGCGGAUCUAGCAAACCAUUCUGAACUUUCAAAGAAGCUGCUAGAUAUCUGGCGCACCGCAAAUUAUCAAGACCCAAGGAGAAAUCUCAUCUCAGAGCUGCUAUUGGCUUGUUCAACAGAUCUCCAGAUUCUCUUUGGUUUUAUGAACACUAGUACGCCUCCCCCUGAAAAAGACAGACAGGCAGCCAGAACCUCGCCCAAUGUGCAAUCAUCUAAAGCGUUAGAGUCUGAAAAAGUGUGUCAAUUAUAUUCUGCAGUAACAAAGAUCAGCUAUGGGUUUGUAAAUUUGAAGACGUUGGUUGAACCACUCCUAGAUCUUUGUAAUGCGGAAAAUGCCAUUCUUGUUCAUAGAUCUCUGCAUGUACUACAUGUGCUGUUGGAACAUGUAUGUGGUACUGAAAAGAGAUUUGAAGACAGGGACAAUGUCACAGAUGAGGAGCCAAGCUCUUGUGAGCUCGCCGAAUGUCAUGAAUACAAAGGAAGGAAGACUAACUUGAGCAUUGGAGAAUCGGAAGGAAGGAAGCGUAACUUGAGCAUUGGAGAGUCAGUUUCCUCAGAUAGAAGCAAAAAAAGUCAAGGAGAUACUGAUAAAGCUCAGCCAAGUUGGGAUGCAAACUGGCAUUCUCUGUUUGAAUUGAUGAACCAAAUCGCUCGUAGAAGAACCGAAGAGAAUGUGAAACUGGAAGCAGUGUCAAUAAUGAACAUAAUCGUGAUGAGAACUAAUGCUUAUACCGAGAGAGAAACUUUUGUAUCGAAGGAAGUGUUUGAGAGCAUUUCGUUACUUUUAAGAAAAGAAGCUGGAGUACGUGUGCGUAAAGGAGCUAUUCAUCUUUUCUUCCUGCUGCUCAACUGUCCUAAAGUGUUAGCUAGAUUUGAAUCUCUCCAUGAGGAAAAUAAAUCUUUAGCUUCUCGGAACAACAGCCAAGGAAAUCUGUUUGCGUUGGAAGCGUUACGUAAGAUCUUUGAAGGUCUAGCAGAUUGUCUAACUUCUCCCAGAAAGACAUCAGAGGAUCUGGAACUCUGUCGGAAUGUAAUAAUGAUCUUGGCCUUAGCAGCUUCGUCUGGAAACUCCGGCUAUGAACUACUCACAAGUCACAACUUACCUCAAGACACCAGCUUUUUAAUGCUGAUACUGCAUCUCUUAGCAGCGGAGAUAGAUUCCGAAUCAACGGAGCUUCAUCCAAAUGCAGAAAUAUUCAAAGCGAGGACACUUUUGAUGAGAGAGAUACUGAUAUUACUAAACAGACUUGUCUCUGGUUCUUCAAGCUCCUGUACAGUUCUUAGGGAACUAACAAAGAGCCGAGACAUGGCGAGUCUAACGGUUGACGCAGCUACAAGAUUGUCCCGUAAAAGAAACUUACUUGGACAGGCUGAAAGCAGUGUUGAGAGGAUGAGGGGUUCGGAGAUAACGGAUUUAGCACGCAUUUUCAAGAGACGAGUUUUCGCAUUCUUAGGUGACAACAGUACGUAGCUGAUAAGCUCUCUUCUCAUCAUCGGGAGUUUUUUUUGAUGAGGAUGAUGUAUAUGUGCAAAGUUUUGAUUGAGGAAGCAUUCUAUAAAUAAGGGAACCUUUCGGCUAUUACAACUGUUGUAUUUUUUUUUUGGUCUUGAACACUUGUAACAAGUUAACAAAGGAACAACCACACUCUGAAAUCGACUACUUUAAAAGUAUAAACAUCUUACAAAAGAUGAUGCUUGGAAAUGAAUAUA